AUGAUGGUUUUAGAUACAGACAGACCUCCUCUUCCGGCACCUACUGAACCCUCGACUCUCGAUUCCGCAGACGAAAACAACUACACCGACGACGUCGACACAAACGUCUCCAACCGCACCGACAGGACCUCCUACUCGGUCCCCGAAGACGGCACCCCCAUUACUAUCAACACCACCUCGCCCACCAAGCCCCGUGGCAGCCGCGUCCUGCACAAGAAGUUCCCCUCGCAGACUUCGCUGCUCAUUGAGUACUUCGAAGCAGGCGAAACCGAAGGCCAAGUCCGCUCGCGCCCCAGUGUGCGCGUACGGGUCACGCCUUCCUCCCGCAAGAGCAGGAACAGCACCGUCAGUGAUCACGUCCAGAUCACCCAGACCCAGACCCAUCGCCAUUCCCACGCCGCCUCGUACUCGCGGCGCAUCUCCCUCCACAGCAAGUCGUACGACCAGCUCUACAGCUCGCGCCGUAACACCGUCGAUUACUCCGACCUCUCCAACAUCUCCUCUCUUCCCCCCGUCGACAUCGAGCUACUGCCCGAUCACAGCGACGACGACUCUAGCGACGGCGGACGCUAUAUUCCCAUGCCCUCGGACAUAUCGUCCAUGCCCGCAGACAGCAUGACUGGCCAAACAGAAAUCCUCCCGCCCGCGCGGCGCAGGAGCCGAAGCCUCGAAAGGGACGCAGUCACUGAGUCCAUGGUCUCAGAGGCCAUUCAGGACACACUCAAAGCACCCCGCCACCACCGAAGCAGAAGUCUCAGCAAAGACCGCAUCACACAGCGCGUCAUGGAGAAGCUGCAGCAGCAGGCCGCAGAAGGCGGCACCACAAAGUCCAAAGACCGAUCCUCCAAGUCGAGAGAGGUUUCCAGGCGGCGAGAAGAUGACCUCGCCUCACCACGCAAGUCGCAUCGUAGAAGGAGCAAAGAAGUCGACCAAGUGAGCGGCACUGACUCCAGUCUGCUCUCCUCCAACGCCGACCGUCGCUCUCACGUCUCUGGGACUUCGUCGAUCAACAACCCCAAACUACUAGCCACAGUUGAGGACGCCAUCAAGCGCCUCAUUCUCCCUGAGUUGAACGCGCUGAAAGAAGAGAACCGCACUUCCAGGAACAUGGACAAGUUCGACCGUGCCAACCGUGAUAGCAUAGCCACAUUCGAGACUAUGGAAUCCGACCGCUCUCGCGACCCAUCCAGACGCCGUGUUUCCAAAUCCUCGAGCGCGCCUAAACUCCACAGCAACAAGCCCAAGGUCGUCCUCAACAGGGAUGGUGACAACCCAGGGACGACACUGACUGGCGGAUCAAGUCGCAAGAGCGAGCGACGAUCCAGUCGCGGCUCCAUCUCGAGCUACGCAGACUCGACUACUCGCGAUGAGAAGUCUCAUCGAAGAAAGAGCAAGGACGAGAAGACCCUAUCCCAACGGGAUUCUGCGCUAAUUGGGCUUGCCGGAGCUGGCCUUACUACCGCCGCUCUCAAGCACCACACUUCGCGGGAAGAGAAGGAGGAAGAGCGCAAACACCGCAAGCAUCGCUCCUCUCGCAGCAGUCGAUCUGAGAGCGUAUCUGAAAGCGUCCACGAGGAACGCGUUCCACCUCUACCCUUCAACCGCAGCGAGCUUAUCGGAGGAUCCGAGCUCACUCGCGACUCCAUCCUUUCCGCAGAAACUGAGACCAAGGAGAGGCCGCAGUCAAGGUCAUCGACGAGCACUGGCAUAACAGGCACAGGUGCUGAGACGCCUCUGCAACAGGUCUCUCGUGGUUACAUUUCACCAUCUCCACGCACACCAACCCGCACACCUAAUGCGCUUCAACAAACGCUCGGCACUGCUCACAGUAACAAAUCAACCAACGAAGUCCGCACAGCGACUCCAAAGAGCGAUCGCAGCUACACCUCCCGCUCGAAAGUCACUGACGCCAGUCUGUCGGCUGCAGCUGCGGCCAAAGCCCGCGCAAUCGAGCGGUCAGAACCUCAAGCAUCGCAGUAUGAAAUUGAGAGUGACACGCAAUCAAGACGUGGUGAUACUGUCAGCCCGAUACAAAGCGAGGCUAGCUAUCGGGGGGACGCACAGAUCACAGGCUCACCACGAAGAUUUAACUCCAUCCGCAGUGGGCCAUCUGUGUCUUCUCUUGGCCAUCAAUUUGAGCGACGAGAGUCUAAUCUCUCUAUCGCAUCAAUGGACUCAACAGCGAGCACCAAGGCGGCACGUACCCGCAAACGACCUCAGGGCGUCACUCUCGAAAGCAAGAGGUCUAUCCUCAACGAGGCCACGACGCCCAAGGACACAAAUGAGUUCUUCGAACGCAACCACGAGAAGAAUGAAAUGUACCGGCGAGAACUAGAGGACAGCUCUGUGAACUACAACCGCAUGACCAUGUAUACCGAUGACAGCACAGGCGUAGAGUAUCUUGAUCAACAACAGAAGAUUGGUGAUCUUCAAGACCUUCGCAAGGUCGGCUCGAAUCCUGAAUACGUUCACACACCGCUAGCAGUAGAAUCAGCCGUCGCAUCCCUACACGACCCGUCUACCAUCAGUGUUCGAUCUUCAAUGGCUUCAAGCCCGAUCAAGAAGAGUAUGCUAUCGCAGGUCAGCACGAACCCAGCCUACGUGCAAACCGAAGAAGUACCUGCUGGUCAGAGAUGGGCCGCCAUCCGUGAUAAGGCGGAAGCACUAGUACAAGAACGACGUGCUGAGGAAUCUCCAAAACAAAACAUUGCGCGCGAGAAUUCUCCCAGGCAAAGCAUUGCGCAGUCUGAAGAUGGACAAUCGGUUGUAUCUGAAGCACCUCAGAUGCAUCACAGCGCCUAUCCCGUUGGCAAUGACGACAUGAUGCCCGAGAUUGGGUACGGCAUGGAUGACGACUCAGAUGUGACUACCAACCCAUCAAUUAUCCAAGGGCCAAUUGGCGGAGGAGAUGGUUACCAUGAUCGUACCGACGAGUUGCUGAGCCGCCAAGAAGAGCGGGAGCGUACACCUACCUCGUUCAGCAAAGGCGUCACUGGACUCGGAGCUGGAGCUGCUGCCAUGGCUGCUGCCGCUGCCUAUGAAAGGCAGGAGCAGCAGACUCCGGAUUCGUUCGACCAACGACACCAGGCCACCGUAGAAGACGAAUAUGAUCAUCCCUAUCCAGGUGAGCAACAAUACGAGCAGGCAGGCUAUGCGCAGAGUAAUCGCACUCCUUUGUCGUCAGGCCAGACCGGCUGGAAAGACGAGGGUUACCAGUCGGCUAACCAACGUGAAGCGUACACGCCUCAAAACCGCAAUCAUUCAAAGAUCUUUGAUGAUGACGGUUACGGUGAUGAGUACAAUGGCGUGGAUCUUGGCAGCCCGGACAUGUUUGCUGCUCGUGCCAAACAUGACCGACACGUUAGUGGCAACUCCCACGGUAUGACUUCGCCUCUCUACGACGCAGCUACCGGCAAAGGUAUUGAUCGUAUCGAAUCGAAAGACAUUGUGGCACUCAUGGACCACCUCACCGUUCGCGAUGCCCAGCGUAAUGCACGCGAUACCGAGAUCCUAGUGACUCUUGUCCGAAGUGCUGCCGAGAUGCGCAAUCAGUUGGACGAUCUGAAGCAGUUCAUCAAGACUCAGGACACUAUGAUCAUGAAUACCACUGACAAGCGAGUCAACUUGGCGGAGCAAAGGAUUCUGGGUGGCCCUCGCCCUCAACCCAUGACGCCCCCUCGCAUGAAUCGCACAUCUUCCGACGACGACAUUGAGACCAAGAAGAAGAGUGUCUUCAGGCGUGCUCUGAAGGGACUAAGCUCUGGCAAGGGCGAUGGCGACAUCAAGCACAUCGAGCAAAUGCUCGUCCAAUUGCUCGGUGAAGUUGAGGGUUUGAAGCAAGUCAAUCAGCUCUCGUUGGACCAACAAGCGAGGACGAAUAGUCUCAACUCGUACGAGAAUCUGCGAGCAAGCGAUGACGCAGGCUAUGAGCCAGAAGGUCGUGCCAACACUGCGCCUUCUCCCGACCAGUCGGGUUACUUUUCUAACCCUUCCUCAUCACGGCGCAUUCAAGAUCUUCACUCCGGCUUUGAUGUUGUGCCAACAAACCGUAUAAGCACGGUGCGAGAGGAGAGCGACGAGGAGUACGACGAGCGCAAUCCCCAAUACGAAAACACUGAGCGCAUGACAACGCCAACUCAGGAAGCUUUCCCAGACAAGCGUCGAUCUUUGGGUACUCCCCCACAAGCUUCAAAGUCGACACGGGACUCAAGCCAUGAGACCACACCGAAGCGCAAGCACAAGUCCAACUCAUCAUCCAUCUUCGGUAUCCCCAAGAUCUCUCGAUGGUCGAAGACAACUUCUUCUACCAACCCUGAGAGUCUGCCGCGCAACAGUGUGUCUGGUGAGAGGCGACCACAAUCCACACACUCCAGGUCUUCUUCUUUGGAUGACUACUACGAUGACGACGAGCCGUAUCAGCAGCAUGGUGACGAUAGGCUUCGCUCCAACACUUCGCUGGCUAGGGACGAUCAGGCGUCCGUCCGCUCUGCGCGCUCUCUACGCUCUCCAUCGCCUCUUAUCCCAGAGGAGCAUCAGUACGAGAUGGAAGACCCCAAGUAUCAGGCGCAUCGCAAUUCGCUGAAUCUGCAACACCCUCAGCCGCGACCCGGGCCAACCGGUCGUCACCAGAACCAACUGGAGAGCCAAGCACAAAUCUACAAUCCUGUUCGUUCAAGCAUAGGGUCUCCAGAUUUUGAUCAGUGGGGUAGCAUGCCAUCGCUUGCGCGAAACCGGAUGUCUGGUAUCUCGGCUCAACAGAAUGCUGGCAACCUCUCACCAAUUUCGUCAGAUGGCUACAGCCAACACUCUGCUUCGGAGCAACAAGCCGGCCCACCCAGGCCUCCCAAGAUCCCGGAUGACGGUCCUCUUAUCCCGCCGCCACAGCUGCUUGCCGGCUAUGGGCAGACGAGGCAGAUGUACAGCUCUCCGAACGAAUUCGGUAGCCAAGGUGCUUUGACACCGCUUGCACCUAUCGCAGAGGUGCGUUACUCACUUGAAACCGAUCGGGGCCAUCGCAUGACACCUACUGCCUCGCCUCGCCCGAGCAGCCAGUACCUCCGCUCCGAGGCUAGCAUGGACAGCCCACAACGAAGGGUUACUGGCCCCAGGCCCAUGGGUAGCAAGAGCCCGCAGCCACAGAGUCCGCUGCAACACUCGGAUACCGUUGUUCGCAGGAAGCCUAUCGCUGAUGAUGAAGAGUCUCUAGAGAGCUACCGUAGCAGUCUUGAUUCCGAGAUUUUCUAG